UCCCAUCCCAAGAAUCCAGGAGAAGCAGGCCACCGCCAUGUCCCACCCCAGGCUGCUGCUCCUCCUCAUCCUGCUCGGAGCUGCCGGGACUGGCCGGGCCCUGAGCCUCUCCAACGCCGCCUCCAUCUUCAGCUGCCUCAACGCCGCCCUGUCGGAAGCGCAGAAGAUCCAUCCCGAGGAAAACGCCGUCCUGGACAAGCGCGGCUCCGAGUCGCUGUCCCUGGAGGAGGCGUCCGAGGAGGACGCGGAGGAAGAGCUGGGGAAAAGGACAUUCCCGGGGGACGGCCACUCCCGAUACUCGUCCCAGGCGCGGCUGAAGGGCAAGAGCUCGCAGAACCGGGCCAAGAGCGACCGGCACACCAAGGUCACGCUGUCGCUCGACGUCCCCACCAACAUCAUGAACAUCCUCUUCAACAUCGCCAAGGCCAAGAACUUGCGGGCCAAGGCGGCGGCCAACGCCCACCUCAUGGCCCAGAUCGGGCGGAGGAAGUGACCGGGCCACCGCCCGAGGGGACCGAUGUGUGACAGCGGCCUUGUCUGGUUCUGACCCAUCCAGCGACCUCGCAUCCUUCUCCCGCCCUUCUCUCCUCCCCGCCCUCCUCCGUCGUUCCUUCCGGACAUUUCCACGCGCAGGGAAGAGGUUCCCGUCGCCAGCGGGGCACGGGGGACGCGUCACCCGGGAAGGUUCCUGAUU